GCUCCGCCCCUGCAGCAGAGCUGAAAAAGCCAGGAUUCCGGCUCCCCGGCCCCUCUCUCCACGAUAUUUGAUUAGGAAUGUGGGGGCGGGCCCUGGCCUGGCACAGACGCGCACACUCUCAGUAGCCACCUCGCUCCUCUCUCUCUCCCUGUCUCACACCUUCUCCAACCCAAGGAGGCCAGACACAGAGACUUGAUCACUCUGAAAGGUUCAGCUCGAGAGACAGAAUGCAGUGGGCAUCUCUCCUGCUGCUGGCUGGGCUCUGCUCCCUCUCCCAGGCUCAGUAUGAUGAAGACUCUCACUGGUGGUUCCAAUACCUCCGCAGCCAGCAGUCCACCUACUACGAUCCCUAUGACCCUUACCCCUACGAGCCCUCCGACCCCUACCCCUAUGGGGUGGAGGAAGGUCCAGCCUAUGCUUAUGGCUCUCCAUCCCCACCAGAGCCCCGUGACUGCCCCCAGGAAUGCGACUGUCCCCCCAACUUCCCCACAGCCAUGUACUGUGACAACCGCAACCUCAAGUACCUGCCCUUCGUGCCCUCCCGCAUGAAGUAUGUCUACUUCCAGAACAAUCAGAUCUCCUCCAUUCAGGAAGGCGUCUUUGACAAUGCCACUGGCCUGCUCUGGAUUGCUCUCCAUGGCAACCAGAUCACCAGUGAUAAGGUGGGCAGGAGGGUGUUCUCCAAGCUGAGGCAGCUGGAGAGGCUGUACCUGGACCACAACAACCUGACCCGGAUGCCAGGUCCACUGCCUCGAUCCCUGAGGGAGCUCCAUCUCGACCACAACCAGAUCUCGCGGGUCCCCAACAACGCUCUGGAGGGGCUGGAGAACCUCACAGCCUUGUACCUCCAACACAACGAGAUCCAGGAGGUGGGCAGUUCUAUGAGGGGUCUCCGCUCCCUGAUCUUACUGGACCUGAGUUACAACCACCUUCGGAGGGUGCCUGACGGACUGCCCUCAGCCCUUGAGCAGCUGUACCUGGAGCACAACAACGUCUUCACUGUCCCCGAUAGCUACUUCCGGGGAUCACCCAAGCUGCUCUAUGUGCGGCUGUCCCACAACAGUCUCACCAACAAUGGGCUGUCCACCAACACCUUCAAUUCCAGCAGCCUCCUUGAGCUCGACCUCUCCUACAACCAGCUGCAGAAGAUCCCCCCAGUCAAUACCAACCUGGAGAACCUCUACCUUCAAGGCAACAGGAUCAACGAGUUUUCCAUCAGCAGCUUCUGCACCGUGGUGGACGUCAUGAACUUCUCCAAGCUGCAGGUGCUGCGCCUGGACGGGAACGAGAUCAAGCGCAGUGCCAUGCCUGUGGACGCUCCGCUCUGCCUGCGCCUGGCCAGCCUCAUCGAGAUCUGAGUGGCCCUUGCACUGGGCCCUGGGUGUACAGUCCCCACAUCCCCACUGCAUUUGGCUUCAUGGUUUGGUUUGGCUUUUGCUGGAAGGUCUGGGACAACCAUGUGACAGAAGUCCACGGCUUCCUCUUUAGGCUUCUUCCCUGUAGGCAGCAUUAAGAGGGAGGGGGGUAGGGGCCAGGCAGGCUUCUGCGGAGGAUGUAGGUAGAAGCUCUCGAGUCUCUAGGGACAAAAGUGGCAGCAGGGGGAGUAAUCCCUGGAUGUCCCAACCCCAGAAUAUCUCGCUCCUCUUGACUCUCUCUGACGACCUGAUGUUGUGGAACUUUAAAAGUUGCUCGGGCCCUGUAGCCCGUAUCCAUUCUUUUCAAAGCGUCUGACUCUGAGCAGCGCUUGACAGAUCUCUGCCUGUGCUUGGGCCGGUCGUGCAGUUACUCUGGGCUCCCAUUCACUGCUCCUCAAAAUAUACCUCUUGCCCAGCCGCCUCCUCCAAAGUCCACCUGGUCCUCUCACCUCUUCAGAGAUGCUUCCCCUAGGCCUCAGGAGACUCUAAGGCUUGUGGGCAUCUGCCCAGCCACCUGUGGAGAGAGCCACAUUUGUCUGAGGUUGCAUAAAUACCGAGAGUCACCUCUAUGCCUUUCCAGUCUCACCCUUUGGAAAGCCACUAGACCGGAGGUCACUGCUGUCAUGAUAGCAUUCAUGACCUGAUGCCAGAGGAAACAGUAACCUCAGGCUUAGAUAAACUUCUGGGGCUGUAGUUUAGCAGCUGAGCAGCUCUUUAAAGGCAGAUCAGAUAUCAAAGGAGGACAGGCCAGACUUUGAUUAGCUUCGGCAUCCAUACCAGGGGCCAAUGCACCUGAAACUGGCUGAACUGAAGGGGCUGCCCCAGCACUUUCAUUCUGGCCCCGCAUGCUCUCUGCAUCCCUUCCUGGAUAUUUGUCCUCAAAGGUGGAAGCCAUAUGGUUUUCAAAGCGCAAUAAAGCUAGCUGUCCUCUCCUUUGAUCCAAGCAGGAGUCUUCCAGCCAACCUGGACUUGCCCGCUGCCAGGAGGAUGUGGUUAAUCUGUAUGAACUGAUUUGUCCUAAGACCAGAGUCAAAGGCACCAGCUCUGCUGGAGGUGCUCAGUGGUCCCUGAAGCCCAGGCCAGGCAGCCAAACCUGGCCUGUGCCGGGCACGAACCCUUCUGCUUUCACACCUCUGAGCUGUACCUCAUUUCGGAAGAUGGCUGGAAAGCAAUUAAUUCUUCCCAUGUCUGAAAGGUGACAUUGCCCGGGCCUACCCCACCCACUUUUGGGGGCACUUUGGGAUAGAGCCAUUUGGGCAGCCAGAGGCAAAAACCAGUUAAGGAGCAUGAGCCUGAGUCAGGCCCCCACUAAGAUGUCAUUCCAUCCCUGAUUCUGGGUGUGCUUGGGAGCCACUUCCCUGGAAAGCGAAGAGGGGUACUUGGACUACGUUCUUGGUUCCAGACCCUGAAAUCCACAAAAGCCAAACCAGCUCAUUUCAACCAGGGAGCUCUGAUGUGAGGGCAAGGCUGCCCCUGCCCCAGGGCUCUCCAGAAAGCAUCUGCAUGUGGACACCAUCAUGUCCCUAUAAAGGAUCCUCGUUACAGGAAAAGCAUGAGUGGUGGCUAACCUGACCAAUAAAGUUAUUUUACGAUUGCAUCUGCAAGGAUGGAGUCAUUGGAGGCAGACUGAAUUUAUCUUAGGGGGACCCCAGUGGAGUCACAUAGGCCUCGGACUGGAUAAGCUCUUUUAUAUCUGUU